CCCCCGCUUGUCAUUUGUUUAUGUCGUUUUCGUCGAUUCGUAGUAAACAUUCGUUGGUUUGCAAUUCGGUGAGGAAGAACACCGCCGCCCCGCCGGUGGCAUCGUCUCGCACGAAGACCCGCAUCCGAGUGAUGGUCGCCGGAUGGUGCGCAAGGCGCAGAACGGUAAAUCGCCAAAGAAAUCGCGCAAGAGCGACACGGACGGUCACCUAAUGUUCGGUCGCGCGUCCACCUCAGCCGCCGACACGUCGGUGCACAAACGCAACCUAUGUAUCGUAUCAUUUCCGAUCGUUUUUCUCUUCAACCUGUUCCGCGCGCUGCUCUAUCAGAUUUUCGUUAUUUUUCGUUUCGUUUAUUGUAGUUCCUCUUACUAUUUGGUCCGCAAGCGUAGGCACGACCAGCCGCAGCUGGAGGACGCCUCCACGGUAGUCAUCGAGGAGAUUCACGACAUGCAGCAGGGACAUCGCAAUUCAGGGCCUGGCCCCGGUGAUCCGUUGCUAGCCAAGCAGAAACAUCAUCAUCGUCGUGCGUUUGAGAAUAUCUCCAAAGCGCUUAAAAUCGACGAAGAAAACGAAGGACAAAAAGAGCAAGCAAUUGAAUUGUACAAGAAAGGCAUCAAUGAAUUGGAACUGGGUAUCGCAGUGCAGUGCUGGGGUGGCAGAGGAGAAGUCUGGGAGAGAGCACAGAGAUUGCAUGAGAAAAUGAAGACCAACUUGGCUAUGGCAAAAGACCGACUGCAAUUUUUAGAAUGCACAAACAAUGUAGAAGCAUUAAAUCUGAGUACAACUGCCACCGGUAGCAACAAUAAUGCAUUAAAACCAAAGUCUAGUCAAUUAAAUGCAGCGUCCGGUAAGAAAUUAACCAUCGCAGCGAAAAGACCAGCUAAUGCUUCACUGUCGAAGAGUUUAACGCUUCCAAGGAGUAUGGGAUCACGCAAUGCACCGAUACAACCAGUGCGGCCAUUCAAUAAGAUGUCAUCGACACCUCCCGCUAUUAAGAAACAACUAUCUAUUCCGGGAUCAAGUUCUCCAGCAAGGAAAACACCUUCGUUAGGUUCAGGAACAAAUAAAGCCUCAACAAGUCGAAAAUCAAUGAAUCUCCGCGGAGUAGAUCCGAAACUAGCUCAGAGUAUACUCGACGAGAUUGUAGAAGGCGGCCAGUCGGUGCAAUGGGACGAUAUAGUCGGCCAAGACACCGCUAAGCAAGCCCUGCAGGAAAUGGUAAUAUUACCAUCGCUGCGACCCGAGUUAUUCACUGGUCUUCGCUCUCCCGCGCGCGGAUUACUCCUAUUCGGCCCGCCCGGCAAUGGAAAAACACUAUUAGCACGCGCAGUUGCAACCGAAUGUCAAGCGACGUUCUUUUCGAUCAGUGCCGCUAGUCUCACAUCGAAAUUCGUCGGCGAUGGCGAAAAACUAGUACGCGCUUUGUUUUCUGUCGCUAGGGAACUGCAACCGUCGAUUAUAUUCAUCGACGAGGUUGAUUCACUGCUCUCAGAGCGUUCUAAUAACGAACACGAGUGCAGCAGACGCUUGAAGACGGAAUUCUUGGUGGAAUUUGAUGGAUUACCGUCUAAUCCAGAAAGUGAAAGAGUGGUUGUUAUGGCCGCGACAAAUCGUCCGCAAGAAUUAGACGAAGCCGCAUUGCGUCGUUUCCCGAAACGUGUAUACGUAACACUUCCGCAAGUAAGCACGCGUUCUGACCUUUUACGCAAAUUACUCUCAAAACAAGGCUGUUCGUUAAACGACGCCGAAUUAAAACGUCUCGCGACACUUACCGAUGGCUACUCGGCGAGUGACCUCACCGCGCUUGCCAAGGACGCAGCCCUGGGUCCAAUCCGUGAGUUGCAACCCGAGCAGGUGAAGCUGAUGGAUCCCGGCGCGGUGCGUUCGAUCACGCUAAACGAUUUCCUCGACUCGCUCAAGCGUAUCAGGCGCAGUGUUUCGCCGCAAAGUCUCGUCGCGUACGAGAAAUGGUCGCUGCAAUAUGGCGACGUCUCGCUGUAAAGUUAUGUUGCAUUCCGAGCAUUUGAGUUGUGAGUUAAGCAUACACAUCGAUUGUUCCUUUACAUUUAACAUAUGUUUACACUGUUUGAUUAAUGAUAAAUAACCGCUCUCUAGUGAUUAACUAGUGGAUAGUGUGUAUGACCAGUGCAAUUGUUACUUUUGUUAUAAUUCUGUUAAAAUUUGACAGUUGAUGAGUUUUUGUUCAAUCAAUACUCGAGCCAUUUGUAAAUCUAUAGACGUAGUGAUAGCGAUUGUAUCAAUAGUGAAUAUUUGGUUUAUUUUUCUAACGUACUCUGUAGGGUAGUCCGGUUUUGAUUGAGUUGAUUAAUGUGACAUGGACGUACUAAUUGUGAUUAUAGUUCUUACAACAUAAGAUAAAAGAAAAACAACUAUGAAAACUUCACUCACGGUGCUUUUGCACAUGUCGAUCCGCUUUCCGUUCGUUUUGUAUCUUAAGCACUAAACGAUUAUUUAAAUAAACACUUUAAAUACGUAAA